AUGCUGAAGUCAACGAUCGUGGACCCCCGAGUGCGCCUGGUGCCGUCGAAGAAGCUUCUGGAAUUUCUGGACGCUCAGAAGGAGCACUUUCCGGAGGUUACCGAAAAUGUGGCCAAGAUUAUGAAGCAAAAGGGCUUCACACUGCCCCUCAAGACGCGGAUAAUCAAGGAUAAAGACGUUGCUUGCAAACGUCCAGUCAUCGACCAAUCUCUGCUGAAAAAACUUACAAAUAACGUAACUAUUGCGCCCGAAGAACCCGCCAAGACCAAGCCGGAUACCGCAGAUGAGAAAGAUACUGACGAAGAAACACCGGAGAAGAAAACGUUUCUCUAUUUGAGCGACAUGCAUUGGCUAAAUAACACUCUAGUGGAACUGCGCCGCCAGGACCAUUGCCUUGUGUUUCUUCAUCAGCUGAUUGAGUCCUGUGAACUUAUUCUGCCAGAGAACGAGAUGAUGCCUCGCAAUCCGGAGCUGGAAGCCCGCUGCGAGCGUUUGCGUGCGGAGCAGCACAACCGGGAUUACCUUAAGAUGACCAAGAACGUGGAUGCCGGACUGAAACAUUACCCCGAAGACACAAUCUCCUAUCAGAUUAAGAGCCUCAAUAAGCAGAUCAUUGCCGUCGUGCAGUUCAUCUUCUCCGUGGCCGCUGGCUUUACUUUUGGUUUCUUUGGCGUCAACUUGAUGGUGGGGCCUCUGCCCUUUGGAUUUCGCAUUCUGCUGGGCGUGAUUGUGGCUCUCAUCAUAGCCCUUGCUGAGAUGUAUUUCCUGGCCAAAAAGCUUCACGAGUAUGACGAAGUGCUCGAUGCACCCAAACGCAAGCAGCAGGCAGCGACGCCAGUAAAGCGCAAGGUGGUAGUUAAACCCUCGGGCGAGGGAAGCCAAGUCCAGACAUUAAAACCCCAUGCUGACUAGAUAAUUAAGGACUUCAAAUCGUUCUUUAUGUACACACACACACACACACAUUCUUUUGUAUUAUUUCGCGUUGCAAUGUUAGGUUAUAUAAAUA